AUGCCUGCAUAUGCGAAGUUGCUAAAGGAUAUGGUGACGAAGAAGAGAGGCACUGGUAAGUUUGCAACAGUGGCAUUGACGCAAAGUUCAAAAUCUAUCAUUCCACCGAAAAUGCACGACCCUGGAAGUUUCACUAUACCUUACUCUAUUGGAGGGUUAUACAUCGGUCAAGCGCUAUGCGAUCUCGGGGCCAACAUUAACUUGAUGCCCCUGUCAAUUUUCAAGCAGCUUAAUGUGGGGCAACUUGCGCCCAUAACGGUGACUCUCAAAUUAGCAGAUAGAUCUCUUGUGUAUCCAGAAGAGAAGGUGAAGGAUGUUCUUGUUACAAUCGAAAAAUUUAUAUUACCAGUAGACUUCAUCAUCCUAGACUAUGAAGCAGACAAGGUUGUGCUCAUCAUCCUGGGGCGACCAUUUUUAUCAACUGGUUGCACCCAGAUUGAUGUGCACAAAGGAGAGAUCACGCUGAGCGUGAAUGGGUAG